UCUCACAAUACACACACUUGUGUCUUUCUCUCUCUAUAUGUAUCUAUCUACAACUGUGUAUAUGUUUUUUACGCACUAAAUAUCACAAAAUCUUGAAUCUGGACCGCGAAAAUUUUUCAUUUCGUUUCGUCUUCCUUUUGCCGCUCUCUUUCUGUCUUUCCGUUUCUUCACAACUCACAAACCCUAAAAUCCUCAAUAUCCUUCUCUCCCUCUUAAUAUCAGAUCUGAAUAAUUUCAAUUCCGGUUUCUUUUUUCGCUUCUCCGGAUCUCCAUGCGAUUUCUUCUCCAUAGUUUAAUGGAUUUCAUAUGAGAGCGUUUGAUUUGUAGCUUUUGUGGCCCGAAUUAAUGCGAAAUAGUGCCGGAGUGAAAGUACAGGCGGGUUGAAUUUGGCCGUAAAGGAUCUGGGGUUUUUGACGUUUCUUUUGGUUUUCGUAUUGAAUGCUGCUGUUUCAAAGUGUUCAGUUUUUUGAAAUAUACGAUUGUUUGAUUUCUGUUGAAGAAGUUGUUAUUGGAUGGGGGAAGUAGAAGUUGGACAAGAGGCGCGUUACUUGGUUGGGGUAGAAGAUGGGGAGAAUGAGGAUAAUAACAUUUCUAAAGCUGAACUGAAGCGUGACCGUCAGUGCAUUAUAGAUGAAGAAGCGGAAUCGAAUCAGUCUCCGAGCAAGAAACAUGCUAAAGAAGUUUCAAAUGACGACAUACGCUCAGAAGUUUCGAACCCUGUAAUCUCUCCUAAAGAGAAUCCCUCCACUUUUCAAGACAUCAGUAGCCAACCGACUGAGUUGGCAAAUGGUGGUAGCCAAGCCGAGUGUGGUGAGGUUACUUCAGCGGUGUGUUCGGGGAAUUCGAGUUCUGAGGAGACCUUGAGCAAUGAGGAGCCGAGUGGUAUAGAAGCUUCUCAGAUUGAUAACGAUAAAUCCAAUGAUGUCUUGACGUCUCGCGUUGUGCUGGAGAUUCCCGAGCACGCUGCUUCGUCUGGGAUUCGAAAAAUUACCUUUAAGCUCAGCAAAAGAACGCAGGAUUAUGACACUUGCUCAGUGACUAAUGGAUUUGAUAAUCUAUCCUCACAUGGUGGCUCUUCUGAGGUGCCUGGACAGUACUCCUCAGCAAUGGUCGAUGCAAAUCAGGAGUUUUUGGAAUAUUCCUACCCGAAAGGUUAUGUCGAAUCCAGGAAUUUCCAUGUGUGUGCUCCUAAUUUGGAGUUAAAGAUGUCCAAGAAGGUAGUACCGAGCAGCUAUCCUUCAAAUGUUAAAAAGCUAUUAUCAACCGGAAUUCUCAAUGGAGCUCGAGUGAAGUAUGUUUCUAGCUCAUCAAAGAAUCAGCUGAAUGGCAUUAUAAGCGGUGGUGGGUAUUUGUGUGGCUGUUCAACAUGCAAUUUCAUGAGAGUACUUACCGCGUAUGAGUUUGAGUACCAUGCUGGUGUGAAGACCCGGCAUCCUAACAAUCACAUAUACUUGGAGAAUGGUAGGCCGAUUUAUAGUAUCGUACAAGAACUGAAGACUGCGCCACUUGGCGUACUUGAUGAAGUGAUUAGGGACUUGGCGGGUUCUUCUGUCAAUGAGGAGUACUUCCAGAUCUGGAAAGCUUCUCUUCAACAAAAUGUUAGAAUUGCCGAAGUGCAUAACGGGCAUUGUACAAAUAUUCCCGGAUUGUCUCAUUCACUUUUGGGCUGCUCAAUUCCAGCUUUAAAGGAAAGUGUUGGCUCUGCUUCGUAUUCCUUUGCACAAAGUAACUUCAAGCAGGAAAUAUAUACAGAGACAGCAGAAGAGCAGAAAUACAUAAUGAAUAAAUCAAGCUACUACUCUUCUACAAUAGUGCAACAUAAGAAAACUGCUGAAGGUGGUGCUAAGAGAAGGGACAAUGAUCUUCACCGGUUAUUGUUCAUGCCAAACGGACUUCCAGAUGGUACUGAGUUGGCAUACUAUGUCAAAGGACAGAGGAUACUUGGUGGCCACAAGCAGGGAAAUGGUAUAACCUGUGGUUGCUGUAACAGAGAGGUUAGUCCUUCUCAGUUUGAAGCUCAUGCUGGAAUGGCUGCCAGGCGUCAACCCUACCGCCACAUUUAUACAACAAGUGGAUUGACGCUGCAUGAUAUAGCAAUCUCAUUGGCUAAUGGGCAAAACAUUACCACUGGUUACAGUGAUGACAUGUGCGCAGUUUGUGGAGAUGGAGGUGAUCUGAUUUUAUGUCAUGGAUGCCCUCGAGCUUUUCAUGCAGCUUGUUUGGAUUUGCCGUAUGUUCCACAACAUGAUUGGCAUUGUCCAAACUGUAAAGAUAAAUCUGAUUCUGGGAGAAAGACUGCUGCCGGGGAAUCAUCCACUAUUUCAAGACCAAUUGUUAUUAGGUUGACAAGAGUUGUUAAAGAACCUGAAAUUGAAAUUGGUGGUUGUGUUGUUUGCAGGGCCCAUGAUUUCAGUUCGGCUAAAUUUGAUGAGCGAACGAUUAUGUUGUGUGACCAAUGUGAAAAGGAAUUUCAUGUUGGUUGCUUGCGUAAAAGUGGGUUGUGCGACUUAAAAGAACUUCCCAGAGACAAGUGGUUUUGCUGCGAUGACUGCAAUAGGAUUCAUAUGGCUCUACAGAAUUCAGUAUCAAUUGGAGCAGAGAUUGUUCCGGCUUCAUUGUCGUGUACGAUACUUAGGAAGCAUGUAGAUAAAGGAUUACUUAUUGAUGGAAUGGAAACUGAUAUUCAGUGGCGAAUUCUGAGUGGAAAAAGUCGUUUUCCUGAGCAUCUACCGUUUCUUUCAAGAUCUGCUGCAAUUUUCCGGGAGUGUUUUGAUCCUAUUGUUGCACCAUCUGGUCGUGAUUUGAUUCCUGUUAUGGUUUAUGGGAGAAAUAUAUCUGGUCAAGAGUUUGGAGGAAUGUACUGUGUAGUUUUAAUUGUGAGGUCUGUUGUUGUAACAGCUGGUCUUCUUAGGAUUUUUGGUCGGGAGGUUGCCGAGCUUCCUCUUGUGGCUACAACUAGAGAACACCAAGGGAAAGGGUAUUUCCAAGCAUUAUUUUUGUGUAUAGAGAGGUUGCUGUCGUCCCUGAAUGUGGAAAACAUUGUGCUCCCUGCUGCCGAGGAAGCAGAGUCGAUCUGGACAAAGAAGUUUGGCUUCACAAAGAUGAGUGAGGAGAGACUGUCCAAGUAUAUGAGAGAGGUGCAGUUGACGAUUUUCAAGGGAACAUCGAUGCUGGAAAAGGCAGUGCCCCACAUGAUGGAAAAAUAGCUUGUUUUGACACCUCCAAUCAUUUUUUAAAUUAUUUUCCUGUUUGUUAUACACGUAUCCUGUAGUAAUACUACGUUUUUUUGUUGUUUUUUUUGCUAGAAUUGGAAUAGGGUAAAAGUAGGGGAAGAGAAAUGCCUGUAAAAAGAUGAGAGGAGAUGAAACUUGAAAGCAGUGCAUGCUGACAUUUUAUUAUGCAUGCAUGGCUGAGUAUAUUUUUGUUU